AUGGGAUCAUUGGUUGGGAAAAGAGAACAACGCCUCCCCAAAGCCAUUAUAAUUGGAGUUAAGAAGUGUGGCACAUACGCAUUGCGGGAGAUGCUGAAUCUGCAUCCUAUGAUUGAGAUUGCCGACAGAGAAUUACGUUUCUUUAUUUACAAUGAAUUCUAUGCAAAAGGACUUCAGUACUACCGCGAGCAGAUGCCCUUCUCCUACGCUGACCAGAUAACAAUUGAAAAAACUCCACGUUAUUUCCUUGUAUCUAAAACACCUCAGAGGAUUAAAGCCAUGGAUCCUGACAUAAAAUUAAUACUACUUGUUAGGGAUCCGGUUACAAGGGCAAUAUCCGAAUAUGUACACCGGAGAAAUAAAUGGGACAGAACUUUCGAAGAAUUGGCCUUCUUCCCCAAUGGAUCAAUUAAUGAGUCAUACGAACCGAUACGAGUCUCCCAAUACCAUCGUUUUCUGCCUCCAUGGCUUGAGGAAUUUCCACGAGAACAACUAAUAGUUGUUAAUGGGGAUGAACUUAUUAAGGAUCCUGUGUCGCAACUCUCAAACAUUGAAACUUUUCUGGGUCUUGAGCAUAAAAUUACAAAGGAUGAUUUUUACUUUAGCACCGAUAAAGGGUUCUACUGUCUACGUAAAGAAACAGGUGAUGAAUGCUUGAAUAAGAAAAAAGGACGCAAACAUCCAGACAUAGAUCCAGCCAAUAUCAGUAAACUACGACGUUUCUUUGCUGAUCACAAUAAAGAGUUCUAUGAAUUAAUAUCUGAAAACUUUGGAUGGCCAGAAGAAUAG